ACCACUGGAAAAGUCAUCAAUUGACAGUAGCAGUAAGAAAGGCGAUAAAAGAAGUCACUUCGACGCGAGGACUGUCGAGAAAGACGAAUAGGUUUGAUCUGCCGGUGGUAAAAGUCCACUCUGAUUAGUUAGUGUUAAAGAUAGAGAGAGCAAUGGUGGAUAGAAAGAAGAAAACCAAAAUAUGUGACAAACUAAAAGUGUCACAUAAGGAAGAAGAAGAUAGGAUUAGCCAGUUACCGGAACAUUUGAUAUCUGAAAUACUUUAUCAUCUCUCUACAAAGGAUGCUGUCAGAACAAGCGUUUUGUCUACCAGAUGGAGAUAUCUUUGGCAAUCUGUUCCUGGAUUGGACUUAAGCUCCUACGAAUUCUCAAAGUUUGAUGCCUUUGCGAGUUUUGUUGAAAGGUUUUUUAUUUCCCAUAGGGAGUCAUGGAUUCGGAAACUCAGCUUAAGUUAUUAUAAUAGAGAUAAGAUACCCCUGAGUUUAUAUACCUGUGAGACACUGGUACACUUACAACUCUGUAAUGUAACCAUGUGUAAUGCUGAGUUUGUUUCCUUACCUUGUCUGAAGUUCAUGUAUUUAGGGAAUAAUAAGUAUCGCAACGAGACCACCUUGCAGAAACUUAUCUCAGGCUCCCCAGUUCUGGAACAUUUAACCAUCACCAGAGCUCCAACUUAUGAUGAUGCAAAUGUUGUACAAGUGCGCUCUCACACCCUAAAGACAGCCUAUAUAUGCGAGUUUGCUGAAGUUUUGAUUGAUGCACCUCUACUGCAGUCUUUGAAGGCUACGGUCUCCUCAACAAUGAACUUUCAGAUCGUCAAUUUGGGUUCCUCUGCCAAACUAGAUUUUGAUUUAAGCCAUAUGAGAUGCAGUAGUAGCAUGAUUCAUGACAUCCUCACCUGCGUACCAUUGGUGAGGGAGCUAGUUAUUAGUAAUGGUAUUAGGAAGGAAAUCUUUCAAUACUCGAAACCGGGACCACUGUUUCAGUUUCGUGACCUAUCCCGCUUGAAUGUUGAAUUUUCUAAAUUUGAUCUUGCAACGUUGCCAACCCUUCUUCAGAGCUGCCCAAAACUAGAAUCUUUAGUUAUGAAAUUGGUUAAGGACCGAUCCAUGUGUGGUAAGAAGAAUACAGAACUAAAGGUGAUGUUUUCAACAACAGUGCCUCAUUGUUUGGUAUCAUCGCUCAAGGUAGUGGAAUGGAGACGUUCAAUCGCAGUGUACGAAGGAGAAUUGGAGCUAGUAAGAUAUUUCUUGAAGAAUUCGAAAAUCCUGGAGAAACUAAAGCUCGAUGUUUACUAUGCCGGAAAGUCUAAGUGUGCCUUCCUUCAAGAACUCCUUACGAUGCCAAGAUGCUCUAGCGUCUGUGAACUCCAUUGUUCUGUGAUUCCUAAGAAUAUCUAUUGUUGAACAUUUCAUUUAUCUUUUUUUUUUUUUUUUU